AUGGCAUCCAUGAACUUGUCCCGUCGCAUGCUGUCGAAAGAAGACGAAGCAAACUCCGACGAGGUCGAGGUCCGUCGGGAGGAUCAGGACAAGAUCAAUCGGUUCAGCCGGCUGCACCAGCGGCAUCUCGCUCUAACCGAGGAGCUCAGCCUGAAGAGUAAGGAGAGGGAGGAGCUGGAUGAUCUGUCGACAGAGCUUGAGCUUGCCGAUGAGGAUGAGAAGAUACAAUACAAAAUAGGUGACGCCUUCUUCCAUGUCCCUUUGGAGCAGGCCCAAGCGAUGCUCGAGGCCGCAACCACCGAAAUCGACAAACACACAGAAAACCUGGAGAGCAAAAUGAGUUCGAUCCAUGAGGAGAUGACAGAGCUCAAGGUCGACUUGUAUGCACGAUUCGGGAAACAGAUCAAUUUGGAAGUUUGA